CCCCUUUCCAGGAUUCCCUCUCCUUUCUCUGUGUUUCAAAUCCCCGAUCUGAAACAACCUACCCGCCUUCUCUCUCUCAAUUCGCCGAAAUGAAGCUUACAGUCAAAACCCUAAAAGGCAGUCACUUUGAAAUUAGGGUUCAGCCCAACGAUACUGUUAUGGCAGUGAAGAAAAGCAUAGAAGAUUUACAAGGGAAAGACAAUUAUCCAUGUGGGCAACAGCUUAUGAUUCAUAAUGGGAAGGUUUUGAAGGAUGAAACCACUUUAGCUGAAAAUAAAGUCUCCGAAGAUGGCUUUCUGGUAGUCAUGCUUAGCAAGAGCAAGUCUUUGGGUUCAACUGUGGCCUCCUCAGCUCAGCCUGCUUUGUCAACUCCCUCUACAACGGCACCUGCUUCUAAUUCUACACCUGCUGCAGUAGCUCCUGCACAAGCACAGGUGGCAUCAAAGAGCACCACAUCUACUUCAGAUACUGCUAUGGUCAAUCAGCAUAGUGAUACCUAUAGUCAAGCUGCUUCCAAUUUAGUUGCUGGAAAUAAUCUUGAACAGACUAUCCAACAAUUGAUGGAUAUGGGUGGUGGCAAUUGGGACAAGGAAACAGUAACACAUGCACUUCGAGCUGCUUAUAACAACCCUGAACGAGCAGUGGAUUAUCUAUAUUCUGGAAUUCCUCAAUCAGCUGAAGUGGCUGUACCAGUGGCUAAUUUUUCUACAAGUCAGACUACUGAAACUGGUGCAGCCCCUGUUGCUCCUGUUUCAGGGGCUCCUAAUUCAUCACCAUUAAAUAUGUUUCCUCAGGAAACACUUUCUGGUGCUGCGGCUGGUGGAGCUGGAUCCCUAGAUUUCCUCAGAAACAACCAACAGUUCCAAGCUUUGCGAACAAUGGUGCAAUCAAACCCCCAAAUUCUACAGCCCAUGCUACAAGAGCUAGGAAAGCAAAACCCCCAGCUUUUAGGACUAAUUCAAGAGCAUCAGGCAGAAUUUCUUCAGUUAAUAAACGAGCCACCCGAAGGUUCUGAAGGGGACAUGUUUGAUCAGGCUGACCAGGAGAUGCCUCAUGCUAUCAAUGUUACCCCCGCAGAACAGGAGGCUAUUGAACGACUUGAAGCAAUGGGAUUCGAUAGAGCCCUUGUCAUUGAAGCCUUUUUAGCUUGCGAUCGGAAUGAGGAAUUGGCAGCUAACUAUUUACUGGAAAAUGCUGGAGAUUUUGAGGACUGAUGGAGGAAUCUUUACCUUAUUUGAUUUAUAGUUUUGAUCGAAGUAGGUGGAUACGAGGUCUCACUUGACAUGGACAUUGUUGGGGACGAAGCAAGUGAAAAGUAAAUGAGUGUUGAAUCUAAAUUGUUUGUGAUAAAUAGAGGCUCAUCGAGAAUUCUUUGAAGUU